AUGGGAACAAUUGUGAGGAAAAAUCUUCAAACCUUAGCUUCUCGAUCGCCUGCCCCAUCUCGCCGAUCUAAUGUCUCCUCAAGUGACAGUGAAAGUUCUGCCUCUAGCAGUGACAGAAAUGACCUUUCCAAUCGACGGGGACCUGAUUCGAGGGUAAACGGCGGAUCCUCCUCCUCGCUAUCUUCGGCUUCAACUAAUCAAAUAGCGGAUCAGAACCAGCGCCAGUUCAUCAAGCCCUCUUCCCCGUCAUCUUCGAAUUUCACACAUUCUAGGGGCAAACAUACUCUUCGAGUUGACGAUAUUUUCAAAGACGGCUCCUCCGACUUUGAAAGCAGCCAAGUUGCCUCACCACAUCACUCUCCCAGACUGUCUCCAGCUCCCACAUCUCCCAACCCCCAUUCCGCUGACGAGGCUGCCAAGUCAGAUUCGUCAUCCACGGAAUCUUCUGAAGGUAAUGUUUCUGUUAUCAACCGUCAGCCGUCACCACCGUCGCCUUCGUCACCAACAGCUUCGGGGCCAACGAGGAAAUUAUCGAACUCAGAGGUCAAUUGCAAUGAAGUUCUUUCCAGUUUGAGUUCUCUAAACUCUGAGGUAAAUUUUUUGUCCUAA